AUAAGAAUCUACCCGACUUGACCCAAGAAAGACGAAUCGAUCCGACCCGAAUAUUCUCACGCAAAGGCUCAGCCCCAAAAUUUGUGAUAUCCAAAAAGAUAAUCCCUUCCGCAAAGCAACCACCAGAAAACUCCUAAUUUCUCCGUUUCCGGCCAUGACUCUUUCAGAAGACGAAGACGACAAACAUCUCGCUCAAUUCCUUGAAUCCGAAGUCUUAUCUGAAAUCUCCGACCAGGAAGAUGAAGAUUUGUUGAAAGAGGAUGAACCGCAGCCGAAAAGGCUUAGAGUCGAGCAAAACGGCGUCGUUUGUUCAAGUUCUAGAAGGAUAGAUGAUGGAUUCUUUUCUAGGGUUCCUCCUGAGCUUUUUCCUCAUAUCCUCAAGUUUCUGUCAUCUGAGGAUCUUGUUGCAUGUUCGGGUGUUUGUAGGUUCUUAUAUUUUGCAUCUUCCGACGAAGCCUUGUGGCGUCGCUUGUACUGUAUGCGGUGGGGUAUUUUGCCACCAACGAAAACUUUGCGUGAUCGUGCUUGGAAGAAGCUGUAUAUUCAGCGUGAUGAAGAAGACAUGGUUGAGUUCGUUAGGGAUUGUCCCAACGAGUUUAAAGAGUACUACAUCCAAAUGCAGGUAGCAAAAAGAAGCCAAGCACCUCUUUCUUCACAGUUGAAAGAUGACUGGUUGAUUCUGGACAAGUCUGUUGCUGAUCAAGUCUCCACAUGGAAGAAAAGUAAAGGACUGGCUGAUAAGGUGUUUUCUGACCAUAAUUGUACUGGAGAAAAUUGUUCAUACUAUCAAAUUGGAGAUGUUUUUGUCUGUGAGAAUACUGGAUAUGUUCAUGUGUGUGAUGAUACUUGCAAGGAGGCUGUCCUUGAUCCAGAUAACGAGCUAUUGGUGUGUACCAUUUCGGGACAUUGUUUUGAUCGAUUGCUUUCCCCAUCUGAAACUGGAGGAGACAUUGAGGAACAGCUGCAAGCAGGGGUCACGGACGAAGCAGAGCCAUUUAUGGGAUCUGGCCGUUUUGCACGGGCCUAUCAGUUGGGUUAUAACUGUGAAGAUGAGAAAGAGCUCGAAGCCUGCCUGAGGUUCUGCUAAGUUUGAUCUUGAUAUGCAUGUAAACUUUCUUCCCCGGCUCCCUGCUGUUGGAGCUUGACAUUGUAUUGCUGUUAAAUAAUCAAGUUAUUUAUGUUAUGUCAAA